AUGCAAUUGAACACAACACACAUCACCAAAAAUCCAAUUGUGUUGGUCUCGGUCAUCAUGUCAGUGGUAGGCUGGCUUAUCACUUUUAUUGGCGCUUGUAUCAUAGGCAGAGCUGGUUUACUCUGGUGGAUCGUCAUUUACGAACUAUUAUUACUUGGAGGCAUCUUUUUCAGUAUCUUUAGACAGGUAUUCCAUCAUUAUCAAAUCGUGUUUUUAGUGUUCUUGGGUAUCAGCAUCUCCAUGUUAACUGGCGCUAUUGAUGGAUUGAUCCAUUAUACAUCUGGCGGAAGCCAAGCAGCUGGUGCAGGUGCAGUUGUCUUGAUUGUCAUGCAGUUUUUCUGGGUCAUCUUAUGCGGCAGUACAGAAGAUUCUUUAGUGUAUCAGUUCAUUUACUCGGGAUUUGUUUCUCCUGUGUCACAAAAUGUUGUAAAUAUAGGUAUGCAUGGUAAUGGUAGUCCUAAAGAGAGCAAGGUAGCUCUCUCGUCACCUGAAGCAACAAGCUACCAUACACAUCAACAGCAGCCCUCCAUUGCAAGCAUUCAUCAGCAUCAUCGACAUCAUCAAUCACCCAUCAUGAACUCUCCUAUCGUUGCCUCAUCUCCCCCUGGUAUGGUGCCACAACAAGCGCAAAAGCUAACUGCAACUGCACUACAUCCUUAUACUGCAAAUCCUGAUGAUCCAAAUGAACUCAGUUUUCAAAAGGAGGAGGUUUUGGAAAUCUUAAAUAAGAGUGGCAAUUGGUGGCAAGCAAAGAAGCAAGAUGGUACUAUUGGCAUUGUACCUAGUAACUAUUUUGUUCAAUGA